AUGUUCAGCUUCUUAACCGGAAAAGACGCUAGAAAGAUUCUCAAGCGCAAAGAUAGCGAUGCUGGUGAAAAAGGAAGGGCUUUGGAAGACUUGAGAGCCUCUAUCUUUAAUCAAUUUAAUUUCUCCGACGGUGCAAAACGUCAACAGCGGCGCCUAUGUGGUCCAGCUACUGCACUCACCUUCAAUUUUGUGGUUGCAGUUGGUAUUAUUUUCGUAAACAAAAUGGUGCUUCAAACUGUUAAAUUCAAAUUCCCUAUACUUCUCACACUAAUUCACUACGUAGUGAGCUGGUUUUUAAUGGCAGUACUAAAAGCAUUUUCUCUCCUUCCUCCAUCUCCUUCAUCUAAAUCAACUCGAAUGUCAACUUUAUUUACCCUUGGAUUUGUCAUGUCUCUAUCUACUGGCUUUGCUAAUGUUAGCUUGAAGUAUAAUAGCAUUGGUUUCUAUCAGAUGGCAAAGAUUGCAGUGACGCCAUCAAUCGUUUUUGCAGAAUUCGUAUUGUAUAGGAAGAAAGUAUCUCUGCCCAAGGUGUUAGCAUUGACAGUGGUAUCUAUUGGUGUUGCUGUGGCUACAGUGACGGAUCUGCAGUUCCAUUUAUUUGGUGCUUGUGUAGCGUUGGCAUGGAUUGUACCGAGUGCUGUAAAUAAGAUCCUUUGGUCUAGAUUGCAGCAGCAAGAGAAUUGGACAGCUUUGUCGCUGAUGUGGAAAACAACGCCUAUUACAUUGAUUUUCCUUGCUGCCAUGUUACCAUGCUUAGACCCUCCAGGUGUACUUUCCUUUGAUUGGAACUUGAACAACACUUUGGUGAUUUUCGGAUCAGCCAUUCUUGGAUUCUUGCUGCAGUGGUCUGGUGCUUUAGCUCUAGGAGCUACAUCGGCCAUCUCACACGUUGUCCUCGGGCAGUUUAAGACAUGUGUCCUACUUCUAGGAAACUAUUAUCUCUUUGCAUCUAAUCCCGGCACAAUCAGUAUCUUCGGCGCAUUCACAGCCAUUGGUGGUAUGUCUGUUUACACAUACCUUAAUUUGAAUCAGCAAUCAAACAAGGGUUCUCCUCGACAAGCUUCCGCAUUACCCAAAUCAAAACUUGGCAAAGAAAAUGGCAGCACCAAUGGGAAUGAUGCACAUUAUGGUGCAGAGUCCGUCUAA